CAAAGAUUUGUGAGAGCCUGAUUCCACUGCGUUGUGACACAUUUCAGAGUUGUUUGUGUCGAAACUUCUGAUAACAUGUGUUCUGUAUCCGGGUUCAAGGUGAAAGUCCAACAAAUCCCACAAGAUGUCGGUUGCAAUCCUGCUGGUGUGCUGUUUGGCAGUGAGUGUCAGCUGCCAGAGUCUGACCUCUGAACCCCCGCGAUGCUGCCAGCCUCGCCAGUGGAGAGGAAUACUGGGUGGUGUAGGAAGUAAUGUGUACCCUCUCACUGGAAAUGUGGUUCCCGUUGAUUCUUACACGUUCAUGACGUACGACUAUGACCGGAAAAAGAUAGGCCUGGAGGUACACUUUCGCCUGCACAACAACACAGAGCGUGUGGUUCAAAGCUUGCUGGACUUUGGAACGGACCAGAUGUUCCUCUACGAGGAUGGCAAGUGCACUGUAGCAAAGAUCGGAGAGCCCAUCCAAGAGCCCUGUGUUCCAGGGCCCCGUGUACGGGAGACGGGCAGUGUUCGUGUAAGGGAACUGGGAGCGGCGGACGAUCAAAGGAAAACACCCACGGACACUGAUCUAGCAAGGUCUUGUGACGGGGGAGCUUAUCCUGCUAGUUUUAGUUUUCCUAAGAGUUUUACGACACUUGCCACACAAAUUGGUCAGUUUUAGUAAGAGUUUUACGGUGCUUGCAACA